AUGGAUCCGCCCCAGCCGCCAACCGCAGCACCAUCCAGCGAUGCUGCGGCCGUCGCUGAUGCGCCUGCACAUGCGCCAAAGACUGCGCGCAGUGAGAGCUUCUCUUCGCAAAAGUCGAGCGACUCCCAGACCGCUGCUGAGUUCAUCCGAGACCAAAUGCAGCUGGAGGCUGAUGCGCGCGAAGCGCUCCCAUACAGCAUCGAGAACUGCACCAAGAUUUUGGGCUCGCUUCGACAGAGCGUUUUCGCCUGCCUUACUUGCAAUCCUCCUCCGGCCAACCCGAAGGAUUCCUAUAACCCUGCUGGCGUCUGUUACGCCUGCUCUGUCCAAUGCCACGGCGAACAUACUCUCGUUGAAAUCUUCACAAAGAGGGACUUCACUUGCGAUUGCGGUACGACGCGAUACCCUGCGACCAGCCCGUGUAGCCUGCGAGUCAACCCUACGACAAAUACUAAAGGUGGAGUGCACUCUGAAGAGCCGGCCGCAAACAACAAGUACAACCAGAACUUUAGGAACAGAUUCUGUGCAUGCGAGUGCGACUACGAUCCCUUUCAGCAGAAAGGCACCAUGUUUCAGUGCCUAGGCCUGGGCACGGCUGAGACUGGUGGCUGUGGUGAGGACUGGUACCAUCCCGGAUGUCUAGUCGGUAUGGGACCCGAAUGGUUUGAGGGCAUGAAGAAAGACACAAAAACCAAAAUCGACGGAGGCGAUCGUGAGAAGCCAGCAUUGCCCACAAUCUCCGAAGACGCGGAGCCUCAGCCAGCGACACAGGCAGCUGCACCUGGUAAUGGGGAGGAAGAAGAGGAAGACGAUGACGACGAUGUGCCGAUGCCGCCCGGUUUCCCUGGAGAGGAUGAUUUCGAAGCUUUCCUCUGCUACAAAUGCGUCAACGCCAACCCGUGGAUCAAGAAGUAUGCUGGGGCCAAGGGCUUCCUGCCCGCCGUCUUCUCGCGCCAGAUGGCUCAAGAGAAGGUUCAAGAGGAGAAGCUUGAAGACGACAAAGUUCAAGACGACAAGGCUCCAGAUGCGGUAACGCAAGAGGCAUCCAAGAAACGCAAGGCUGAUGAUGACGGCUCCGAAUCUGAUGUUAAGCGACUGAAGAGCGACCCUAAGGACACAGACGGCCAGCCCGACAAUGCCGAGCCUGACGUUAAGGAAGAAGCCAGCAAAACAACCACUGCUUGCAAGUGGGAAGCGUUGCCCUCGCCACCUGCAGAGGAGUUCUCGCUCUUCCUGAAGGAGGAUUUCCGUGACCAUCUCUGCAAGUGUUCGUCGUGCUACCCCAAGCUGGACCCGCAUCCUCAGCUUCUUGAAGAGGAAGAGACUUACGAGCCACCCCUGUCCGAUGAUGGCAAUUCAGAGCACGGCGGUUCUACCAAUGGCAGUGGAAGUCUUCUCGAGCGUGGCGAGAGCGCCCUGCGUAAUGUAGAUCGGGUUCGGGCCAUUGAGGGCGUCAUGGCCUACAACCACCUCAAGGAUCAGCUUAAGCCGUUCUUCCAGAAGUUUGCUGAGAGCGGUCAGGCCAUCGGCGCGGAAGACAUCAAGUCCUACUUCGCUAAACUCAGGGGCGAUGAGCAGGCCAUCAAAGACGCAGGGGAGGCCGCCAAUGGAUCGAAGGAUGAUGAUGAUGGCCACCGACGUGAGCAAAGCGGUUACUGA